UAUCACUAACAAGUAUUCAUUGGGAAAGAUUCGAUUCAAGGUACAGCCUUAUCACUGCUUUUAAACGGAACCAAUUGCUUUCUUGAGGAAGAAUAAACAACUCAAGCCAAACUACUGAAUCGAUAAUCUCGAUAAUUAGUCACAAAUCUUUGCCAGAGCUGGAUCAAUGGUAUCUCGUGCCAAAUUAUUUUUUUUUUGAACGAUUAGCAUACCUAUUCCUAUUAGUGAAACUGAGCUGGUGUUGAUAAAAGGAUAGUGUUGAUACUUUUGUUUUCACCUGUUAUAGUAAGUAGAUUAUGUGCGAGUACUUAAGUGGGAUUAUUUACAGUAAAAACUUAAUGUGUUAACUGAAGCCUGCAGGGUAUGAUCUAAAAACUUUUGGAUUUGUGUUAUGAGAUAGUGAAUCUUUUAGAAGAAAAAUGAAUUAUCCUGUGAUCUUAUUCAUUGGUACACUGCUAUUCUCCUCUUGCUAUGGAUGGUCUUUAAACAGCGACAAUUCAAAAGAUACUCAUCAAUUCAAAGAGGAUAACUUGUCUAAAUUGUUCCCUAACAAGAAAAUCACCUGGAAGGAUAUCAACAAAACUAUAGAGUUCGUUCAGAACAUAUACGACAACAUGGCAACCAGAGAAAAAAUCCUGGGAUAUGCCGAAGUCCAAAUAGAACCUGGUACACCAUCUCAUGGACAUUUUAUAGACAAUUUUCCGGAUCCUGAAGCCACCGAAAAGAUGAAGUUGUCGCUGGAGGUAGUCGCCGCUUCUGCGCAGGUUGCUUACGAAUAUUGUACGGCAGAGCUUUACCUGAGUGAGGAAUGCGGAAACAAGCUCAGACUGAUCCAGCUGUGGGGCACGAUCCUUCACGACGCCUGCCACAAGCUGGGGAAAGUAUGCACCAAAGAAGAUACGUACGCUAAAUACAGGGCGAUCGAUGGAUCCUGCAACGACCCCACUAAGGGAGAAAGAGGGCAAUCUUUCACCGUAUACGGAAGGCUGUUAUAUCCAGACUAUCUGGGAGGUAUCAAGGAGAUAAGGAGGUCGGUCACCAAACAGGCCCUGCCUUCUGCAAGGCUUAUAAGCUCGAAUCUGGAGCUGAAUGGGGUGGCCGAUAAGAAGAGGAGUUUGGCAGUGCUGUUCUGGGGGCAGUUCCUAGAACAUGACUUGUGUCACACCGCCAUGAGCAAGAUGGUUCAUACAGGUAAACCCAUAGAAUGCUGCGAUCCAGAUGGCAGGACUUUCCUGCCAAGAUACGAGCACCCCUUCUGCAUGCCCAUAGCAGUUCCUUCCAAGGAUCCAUAUUAUGGCGACAAGGAAGUCAGUUGUAUCUCCUAUGUCAGAUCCAUACCGGCUAUAGGUCAAGACUGCUCCAUGGGCCCUAUGGAACAAAUCAAUCAGGCGACGCACUUCUUGGACGGUUCCCAGAUCUACGGCACCACCAAGGCUAAAUCGGACCAUCUACGGGAAUUCAAGAUGGGUCAACUGGCCGUGGACGAAACCAACAAGAACUCCACGUCGUUACCGAUCUCCAAGAGUCCGCAUUUCGACUGCCAGCAGAGGAAGUUCAACGCGCCAUGUUACCAUACCGCGGAUAAGAGGGCGAACAGCGAUCCCCACGUGACCGCCCUGUACACCAUCUGGUUCAGGGAGCACAACAGGAUAGCCUCCAAGCUGGCCGAGAUAAACCCGAUGUGGGACGACGAGGUGCUGUUCCAGGAGGCUAGGAGGAUUGUUAUAGCUGAGAUGCAGCACAUUACUUAUAACGAAUGGAUUCCUGCAGUUUUAGGUAUUAAGAUCAGUAAAGGCUACAAACCUGACGUAGAUCCCUCAGUGAGCAACGAGUUUGCCACUGCAGGUAUUAGGGCCCUACAGUCCUCCCUUUCAGGCAAACUCAGCUUGGUGGACGAAGAAAGCAAGUUCAUCUAUCAUGACAAUACCUUCGAAGCUCUUUUGAAGGAGAUGAUGAAGAACAAGUUCUCCGGCAGAACGUUAUAUUACAUUGGAAGGCUCAAAGAAAUGACUUACGGCUUCGAUACACUCAGCUUAGACAUCCAGAGAGGCAGGGAUCAUGGUCUGCCAUCCUACAAGUCAUACAGGACGUUCUGUGGCCUCAAAGAUGUCGAUAGUUUCCAAGAUUUGGAAGCCUUCAUGCUACCCAAGGCUGUAGAGGUCCUGAAGAAGAGCUACAGGAGCGUGGAGGACAUAGAUCUCAUUGUUGGAGGCUUGGCAGAAAAACCUGGAAAGGGUCUCUUCGGACCGACCAUCACCUGCAUCUUGAAGGAACAAUUCGAGAGGACCAUAGGCUCUGACAGGUAUUUCUUCACGAACAGAGAUCAACCGAUGCCUUUCAGCGAAUCCCAGAUCAACGAGAUCAAAAAAGUGUCGUUCGCACGUGUCAUCUGUGAUAAUGUGGAUAGGAUUGACAAGAUUCAACCUAGAGUAUUCGAAGCAACGAGUCAAAGCAAUAUUCAAGAGCAUCUGUGCGAGUCAAAACUGAUUCCUAAGUUGAAUCUAGGGUUGUGGAGCACCAACAGAUUCGAGGUGGAGAACUUCCUCAAAGAUACGCAGAUCGAAAUGGACCUUUUCUACGCAUUGUUCUUAGUAUGCGGUUUCAGCAGAGCAAUAGCAGUGGAUCCACAUUACAGUAUCUUCCUACACCACAACUCUCCAAGGUCCUUAUUUGAUGUGGAUUUGAACGACAAUUUUCCACGUCAAUUUGAACCAAACCCAUCUUACGGUUUUUCAGUAGACAAUGGUCUCUUUCCAAACGGUCAAAUCCCUAGCUUCCCCCAGCCCCAACCCCCUCCAACGACCCCAGAUCCCUCAACUCUGGGCUGUGGUAUGGCUCCAGCAUCAUGUCCAAACACCCCCUAUCGCUCUUAUGAUGGAUCCUGCAACAAUCUACAGAAUCCAGUGCUGGGCACCCCACAGACCAGAUAUGCCAGACUUCUACCCCCCAAAUAUGGAGACGGAGUGAGCUCGCCACCAGUGGCCAAAAGUGGAAGACCUUUACCCCCAGCCAGAGCUAUAAGUUUGAUCCUGUUUCCAGACGUCAAAGUCGAAGAUCCAAAAUGGACUCUGAACGCUAUGCAAUACGGUCAAAUCAUCACACACGACAUGGCUAUGAUAGCUGGAAGUACCCAAGCUCAACCCCAGUCGACGAAAUGCUGCAGCGAAACUGGUCAGCUCCUGGCCUACGCCAACAUACCGGAGCACUGCUACCCCAUCGUGCUACCAGAUGACGACCCCAUCACCAGGCAAACGAGCAUGAGAUGCAUGAACUUUGUGAGGACAAUCACAGAUCGCGACCGGAGAUGCGUGGGUGGAAAUCAGCCAGCUGAACAGUUGACUGCUGUAAACCACUACCUGGACCUGUCCAUCGUGUACGGCAACUCAGACCAAAUGAACCAACAACUGAGGGAAUUCAGAGGUGGAAGACUGAGCGUUGAAACACGUAACAACCAAGACUGGCCCCCUAGAAACAACAAUGCUUCUGGAGUCUGCUCCAUCAGGAACCCCCGUGAAGCUUGCUACGCAGCCGGUGAUGCACGUGUGAACCAGAACCCACAACUGACAGUCCUCCAGGUUAUCCUUCUAAGAGAGCACAACAGGAUCGCAGACGCGUUGGCCAAGCUGAACCCUCACUGGAACGACGAAACGAUCUUCCAAGAGGCAAGGAAGAUAGCUAUAGCCGAACACCAGUUCAUCUCUUACUAUGAAUGGCUACCAAUCUUCAUUGGGUUGGAGAAUUCGAUGAGGAACAAGAUAAUCUACAACACGCAUCUGUUUGUCAACGACUACAAAGGAAACGUGGAUCCUUCAGUCUUGAACGAGCAUUCAACGGCCGCUUUCAGAUAUUUCCACUCUGCCAUUGCUGGAGGUUUGGACUUGGUGACUGAGCAUAGAUCGAGCUAUGGUAAUCUUCGUCUUAGUGACUGGUUCAACAGGCCAGCAAUCAUAGAGGAAGGAAACAAUUUCGCAGACCUUUGCCGUGGUUUGGGGACUCAACCUGAACUUAUGAACGAUCAGUACCAUGACAGUGAAAUCACGCAGUACCUAUUCAGGGACGGUAUGCAAUUCGGCAUGGAUUUGAAGUCGUUCGAUAUCCAGAGAAACAGAGAUCACGGUUUGGCGUCCUACAACGAUAUGAGAGCCUAUUGCGGCUUGAAGAAAGCCUACGUUUUCGAAGACUUCUUGGACGUCAUCUCUUCCGAUAACGUCCAAAAGCUGUCGCAGCUUUAUGAAGACCCAGAUGACGUCGAUUUGACAGUUGGUGGUACUUUGGAGGCUCAUGUGCCUGGGACCUUGGCUGGACCUACAUUCUUGUGUAUUUUAACCGAGCAAUUUUACAGAACAAGGGUUGGAGAUCGAUUCUGGUUCGAAAAUAGCAAAAAUACCGGGUUCACUCUAGACCAACUGAAUGAAAUAAGAAAAACUAGCGUGGCUCGCUUGAUUUGCGAUAAUAGCAAAGAUGUUAAAUCUAUGCAACCAAGAGCUUUCGAGAGGAUAUCACACAGCAAUGCCGUUGUGCCAUGUGAGUCUUUGCCUUCGGUCGAUCUUUCUCUAUGGAGGGAUAGGAAUGGUGGUUUUUCUUCGUCUUCUAUUCCGAAGAGCGAGUUUGAAUUUGGACCGAACGAAUUCUUUUUCAAGAAGUGAGAUAACGUGAAAAUUAAGAGACAAUCCAAACUUUAGUCAGUUCAGUAUGAGUUUUAUUCGUACAUAUAUGUCUGACAACAGUACUUUCUCCAAAUUGUGUGCUUUUCUUCAACUUUUGUGUUGAUCUUCAGGUAAUUACAGCUAUUAUUUUUACUAUGUGCAAAGUCAGUAUAAGAAAAAUUAUUAUAGUAUAGGUAGUUAUUUAUAAUUAUUUUGUAUGUUUGUAUUAAAUGUUUGUAUAAAA